UAUUUUUCCAAUUACAAAACUAAAAGAAUAACGAGUGACGUAAUGAUAUUCUUCGUUCGUCAUAUAACCUUUGCCUCGAUAAGGCAUUAAUCCGUAUCAAUCCUUGAGAAAAAUGUCUCUGACUGUGAAAGUGAGUGAUCGAAGAAUGGCAAAGCCUUACUUGGGUGGCUGGAGACACCGAAUCACUGGAGUGAUCUAUUUGAAUGCAGCUUGUCAAACGGGUCCACCAAGCAGAAGCAAUUUUGAAAGUCUUCGUAGUCGUAGUGUGCAGUGUAUUGACACUAGGUAUGCGACAGCCCAGUCAAACACGGAUGUAUCAACGCAGAUGUGGAGGCCAGACUGCUACGUACCCUGUCUGCACGACAGAUAUAUCGUAGCGAGACCGUACGAAAGCUACGAGAACAUGAUGCGGAGAAUCGAUUACGAUGGAAAAGCUAGAAUCAUCCAAAAGUGUUAUCGAGGCUGGAAGAUGUUGAAGAAUAUCAAAGAAUGUACCGAGGAAUAUCGAAGAAUAGUGGGUAACUGCAAAAAAUUUGAGGAAGAAAAGGAUGAACUUCACAGAAAAAGACAUCGGAUUGAAAUUCUCCGUCAACUUUACCCAAAAAAUCGUUCAGACUUUGAUAAAAUCUACAGUCUUAUCGAGGGGUGGAAAAAUUCACAGCUGAAUUUUAUAAAAAUAAACUAUUUCCAAGCCUCUCUAAAAGCUGAGCACUCGCGAGUACUGGAGAGAACUGUGGAGAUGCUGAAGUCUGUUGAGAAGCAAAGAAAGUCAAUUCUUGAAAGGCAUCGGGAAGAGAAGUUGUGUAACUUUCUCAACUUCCACUGCAAGCCGGUUAAAUGGACCGGAUACAAAGGAAAGCCGAUAGAGAUGAUCACACUCAGGACGCAAAAGGCACGGGAAUAUAAAUUUUUUUAUGAUAAUUUAUGCAGGAGUGAUAUUACUCUGGAAGAAAGAAUGGAAAUCUUGAUUUCAUUGAAUUGCUCACUGGAAUCGCACAAAUGUGCAGCCUCUCGUUCUCUGAGAGAUCUGAUCAAGCAGGAGAUUUCAUUGGCAUCGCGAAAUAUCAAGGAGCUCCUCCUUGACAAUCUCAAAAAACGAAUUUCCCUAUCUUUUCUAUGCUUCAUCCGGAAUUGUCACUUCUGCUGUGUCGACGAUGAGCAACUGAGGGACUUGGAGCUCUCAGAGCCAAAAGUAGCUGAAAAAAUUCUCUGCCGAAGUUGCAUGAGAUUACUCCCCUGUACUCGUUUUAUGGCUCAUGUCAGAAUGAAAAAAUUAUCUUGCUGCGUUGGUUGCCACUGGCUUCGACAGCAUAGUGUUGAAAAAGUCGACUAUGAUCCAUACACAUAUCUUUUGAAUGGCAUUCGGGCGGAUGAGCAUCGUAGAAAUUGCUUCUCAAUGCUUCUUUACGUUAUUCAAGAGCCAGGAAUUUAUCACCUCGUGUGCAACAUCUGGCAUGGUCGAUCGAUAGUCAGUGAGGUCGACGACAUAUUUCGACUACGACUAGUUCGUUUUAAUGUUCACAAAGAGUGGGCACCUUGGAAUUGCAUUCUACUGACGGAGGAGGAGAGCGAGGCGCAUUAUUUCAUCGAUAAUUUGUCAACUGUCUAUUCGAAAAUUCUUCUCGAUCGUGUCAAUCUAGCCCACGAAAUAGCAAAAACUCAUUUUGAAGACCUGACUAAAUUUGAGCAACAAUUUCGCAUGUCUGAGCGCUUUCGAAAUAUCCAGGAUUCGAUCAUAUUCUGA